AUGCCAAAUACCAGAUCGCCGCAGACCGCCAAAGGCUCUACAUUGGACGAGCCGAUCCCCCUCGAAGACGAGAAAAUAAAGAUCGCAGCGGCAGUUGCGGAGAGCCUUCCAGCCGCCGCGUCGGCGGGUCUUUCAGAAACGGCGCUGGAGCGGAAGAGGCGGCGACAAAGUGAGCGAUCCACGUACCAGCUGGCCGCGAUAGCGUCAAGUGUGGGAGUCACGUUCCUCGCUGUCGGCGCCGUCUGGUACCGCUUCGUCUUCCAGACGCAGGGCGAGACGGUCCCCAUAGAGGAGGUGGUGGGCACGGUGGCGCUCGUGAUUGGCGCGGCCGUGGGGAUGGAGUUCUGGGCGCGAUGGGCGCACGACGCGCUGUGGCACGGAUCCCUGUGGAGCAUGCACAAGUCGCACCACGAGCCGCGCGAGGGCGCGUUCGAGCUGAACGACGUGUUCGCGAUCAUCAACGCGGUGCCCGCCAUCGCGCUCAUCGCCUACGGCUUCUUCAACCCGGGGCUCGUCCCCGGCCUCUGCUUCGGCGCCGGCCUAGGCAUCACGGUGUUCGGAAUGGCCUACAUGUUCGUGCACGACGGGCUGGUUCACCGGAGAUUCCCAGUGGGCCCCAUCGCUGACGUCCCGUACUUGAAGCGAGUUGCUGCCGCCCACCAGGUAUGCCUCCCCUGCCCUGCCAGCAUUGGUGGACGGCUCAAAGGUAACACCAGCAUUCCCAGUGGGUUCAUCGCUGACGCCCCAAACUUGAAGCGAGUCGCUGCCGCCCACCAGCUGCACCACGCGGACAAGUUCAAUGGAGUGCCGUUUGGGCUGUUUCUGGGACCGGGCGAGCUGGAGAGGGUGGGUGGGCUGUCAGAUCUAGAGGAGCUGCUGGCGGCGCGGCAAGGGGGCGAGGGGAAGAAGCAGUGA